AUGGAGCAACAGUUUUUGAGUGUUGAUUCACUGUUGGAUCCCCAGUUGCAUAAUAAUAUACAACAAGGCAGGAUGAUGAAUAAUAAUAUGGGCAAUAAUAAUGGAAAUAUUGUCAGCGGCAGUAACAACAAUACCAUCGAUAAUAGUGGUAGGGACAGUGCCAGCAUAACGGUAGGACAAGUAGGACCGCAAGGUGGAGAUAGCAACAACCAUAGGGUAGGCCAUGGAGAUGGCAGUAAUGGUGUAAACGGUAGGGAUGUGAAGAACGAGGAGUUUGAGUUGUCGAACCCAUCGAACCCAGCUAUUGCGACGGCGCAAGCCAUGUUGAACCACGAUGCAGGCUAUCCGGGGCAAUAUCUGCUAAAUGGCAUGCAGGGUGGCCAGAUACCAAGCAAUAGUAUUCCAAAUAACCAGAUCCAAACGGGCCUGAUUCCGGGUGGUCAGUUAGUCAGCACACCAAUGGCUGGAAACCAGCUAGCUAAUAGUCAGAUACAAGGGAAUAUGCAGAGCAACCUCCACAUGCCCCAGCAGAUUUCGCAGUUGCCGGUACAGCAGCAUGAAGUGGAGGAUGGCAAGUUGAUGGCACCUAUACCACCGUUACAUAUCCAACAACAGAUUGUGAAUAAUCAGAAUAUUGACGAGUCGCCUGUCAAGCCUAGUGCUCAGUUAGUGGGUGGGAAUGUGGAGCAAAUGUUGAGGUCGUCAUGCACUAGGUGCAAAAAAGAGUUUGACCAACCCAUAAUAAUACCUCAAUCGAAUGAUAAUACACAAGGUCCUAAGCCAUUGGCAGAACCUAAGAUCUACAAGCUAUGCCAGCAUUGUAGAGAUUUACAAAGGAAAAGGUCUCGUCGUUGGCAAAAGAAAACAAAAGAUAAAUCGGGUGCAUGCCGUCGGUGCGGGCUGGAGAUUCCUGCCGAUCAGCAGAAAUUCGUAUUAUGUCCCUCAUGUCGAGAGAAUUUAAGGACUAGAAAAGCUAACCGGGCGGCUCAAGGGAAAUGUGUGCAUUGCUCGGGCCCUCUAGACGCUUCAAUCAUCACCGGUGAUGAUAAGUCAGCUAAGUUAAAGGAUAGAGUUAAGUCUGGAAAUUUCAAAGUUUGCCAGCGGUGUAGAGAAAACGAUAAAAUCAGAAGAACAAACUUGGAGAGGCGAGGCCAUUGUAACAGGUGUGCUAAGUCUUUGGACCCUGCUGACAUUGGUAAGCAUAAAGUUUGUGUAAAUUGCCGUACCAGAAAGAAAAGAUCAAACAACAGUGAGACGUCGACAGAAAUUCCCCUUAUUAGUAAUAGUGUUUCUAUGAUACCUAACGACCAAGCUACUAUGGCCAUGUUGUCGACUACAGGUAAUUUUGUUCCUCAAGCUCAACACCAAAUGUCUCAACAGUAUACCCCUCUGCAAUACGUUCAGGUGCCUGCUCAAAGUCAAGUUCAAUCCCACGCGCAAGUACAAGCACAGCAACAAUAUAACCAGGCUAUUGCCCAACAGCAGGCUUUUAACCAAGCAAUGGCUCAGGCUCAAGCCCAAGCUCAGGUUCAAAAUCAAGUACAAAAUCAACAGCACCUGCAACAACAACAUCGUCAACAACAUCAGCAAUUACAGCAGCAGCAGCAACUUCAGCAGCAACUGCAACAAUACACUCAACAACAUCAUCAGCAGGAAGCGAAUAGGGCUGCAGUUGAAUUUCAAAAUGCUAUGGCCGCAGCAGUUGCUCAUCAGCCUCAUAUGCCUUCUGGUAACGGAAAUUAA